AUGCCCAAUAUUGACUAUAUCGUCACUGCAGAGUUCCACGUGGAUAAGGGGCCUUCCAUAGUGCACCAACACCCCGAGAAUCUUCCCGGUUACGACAAUUUGGCGUUUCUCCCUGAGCUUAUGCUUCCAGACCAGAUACACCGUCGAGAGGAGGACUUCACGCUCUUUCUACUUUUCAAAAACAAAAUCACGGGUGAAUUCCAGUAUAAGAACGAUGGCCAAUGUGAAGACGAUAUCUACUUUAUGUAUACGGUGGUGAAGAACGUGAGUGACGAGUCGGUUAGACGAGGACUGGUGAUUAAGGCUCUCUGUAUUAUUACACGGUUGCCAUACUUCAAACACUUCCGCCCACUACUUCUUAUUUGCUUGGAUAGUUACUUUGAGAGUGAUAAUGUGGAGCUUCUUGCCGAAUUGUAUACGGCAAUCAACUUGAACAAUUUCAAUGUCAACAGCACUGAACAGCCGCUACUAAAGAGACUACUUAUCAGCCUGGUGCUUGAUUUGCCAAUUAGUGAUAAGGUGUACGGGGACGAGAAGUUUAGGAAUAAGCUUCUAGGCAUUAGGGCGCCGAACGAGGAUAUCUUUAUUCGUAAAGACUUGUCAUAUAACUCGGUGGUGACGUUUGCAGGUAUGAAGAUUCCUGUGAAGGUGCCUCUAUUGCAGCUUCCCGACACCGUGGGCGACUAUAUGAACCCUACAGACCUUAACUUGAAACCGAACUUAAUCAACUUGUUGACUGCUCGUUUAGCGACGCAGCACCAUAAUAAUGAAUUGACCAUCUAUGGACUUUCUACGCCGGCUAUUAUCGUGUUAAUUAAUGCAAUUUUAACGGGGAAAAGGAUUAUUUUCUUGAGUUACGAUAACUCGGCUGGCCAUAUUAUCGAUUUGAUCUUGUUGACGUUGAAAAUUGUGUCUGGUGGAGGCAUUCUCAGUGGCCUUCUUAAGAACUAUAACGUGUUUCCAAUGAUCGAUGUUUCCAAGAUUGAUUUAUUGAGCGAAUGUGACUCGUACUUAGCUGGUACGAUUAAUCCCUUCUUCAAGGCUCAUGAGGCCAUUUGGGACCUUCUAUACGAUAUUGAUGCCAACGAGUUCCAUGUGUCAGCAUCACUCAAGCAACCUGAAAUCCUGAAAAACUCCAUCAUCAGCGAAGACGCUCGUUUCUUGUCCAACUUACAAUUUUCACUCUUUACCUAUAAUGAUGAUUUGACGACCUUGCAGCUUAUUUUCAGAAGACACAUCAACGAGAUUAUACGUAUCUUGGUUUCCCUGAGAAAUUUCAAUGACCCAGGAAACAAGAACUAUUCUCUUCUCAUGGAUGGCGUGGGUUACUAUUGGCACAGCGAUACCAGUAAACUCGUGGAGAUGUCCUGCUACCAACUAAUAUCCUCCAGGUUCCAGGACCUAAUGUACUCGGGCAAAUUCACCUACAGCUUGCAACUUCCUAAUUUAUCUAAUGAACUUAAUCUUAUGAUUGACUUACAACAUCAUAUGCAAAAGCUAUACAACGUGACGAAUGCCAUGACCACUCCAUCGAAGAUUAACGAGAGAGAAAUCUGGUUUAAUAUUCUUAAGUACCUCAUCAGCGGGAAAUCUUUGGAGACGUUCCUUCUCGUCACCUAUUUAAUACCACCCAAUUCCUCGACAAGCCUACAAAGUUCAGGAGCACAUGGCGGGAACAUGACUAUCUUUGACAAGAACAAGGGUAUUGAGCUUUUGCUCAUGAACUUGUUCAAUGAAGACGACCAGAUUAAACUGAAUGUGGUGAUGAUUCUCCAGGAGCUUCAGGACAACUUCUUCUGUGGCUGGUGCCUCAAUAACUUUAUGAAGUCCAACUACGUCUACGAAGUGGCUUUUAACGAGCUCGUGGAAGCCUAA